AUGGCGUCUACGAACGGCGGCGGUGCUUCUAAUAAACACGUUCAGGCGAAGAUGAUGACCGAAGAUUCGUCGGAUCGUAUCCGGCUAAAGCCCAAGAUCGGCCUGAUAAACGGUGUGAUGAUCAUCGUCGGCGUGAUCGUCGGUUCGGGCAUCUUCGUGUCGCCUACCGGCGUCAUCGUGCGGGCUGGCAGUAUCGGCUUAAGCCUGAUCAUCUGGCUGCUAUGCGGCCUGUUUUCGCUGUUGGGUGCCCUCAGCUAUGCCGAACUCGGCACAUCGAUCCUGAAGUCCGGUGGCGAUUACGCCUACAUCAAGGACGCGUUCGGUGACCUGCCGGCGUUCAUGUUUCUCUGGACGGCGUUGAUCAUCACUAUACCGGCAUCGAACGCCGUCACCGCCUUGACGUUUGCCAACUACGUGCUGAGGCCUAUCUACGGCUACUGUAACAUCGGCGAGGCCGAACUGAGGUUGGUCGCCGCCGCCAUUCUCUGUAAGUGUUUUCUAAAUGAUCAUGUGCACCUAUGGUUAUUUAUAUAAUG